UGGACGAGCUUCCAGAGACAACGUAGCUCGCCCAUAUCGAGUCAUCAGUGCAUCACAAGCAUUCCAUUGAGACAGACGGUCGUGGUGCAAGUAAUAAUUCCAUUGAUUCAAGGGCAACGCAAUAAUGAGGCUUAACAGCAUCGUACCAAAUUUCAAAGUCGACAGCACGCAAGGCCCUAUCGAGUUUUACGAAUGGCAGGGCAACUCAUGGGUGGUUCUGUUCUCGCACCCCGCGGACUUCACCCCCGUGUGCACCACGGAACUGGGUCGUAUCGCGGUGCAUCAACCGUACUUUGAAAAGCGCAACACCAAGCUGCUGGCUCAUUCCGUCGACAAGCUCAAGGACCACGUGGACUGGGUCAACGACAUUAAGUCGUAUUGCAGGGAUAUUCCCGGCGCUUUCCCUUAUCCCAUCAUCGCCGAUCACGAUCGCAAGCUCGCCGUGCAAUUGGACAUGAUCGACGAGCAGAGCAAGGACGAUCCGGAAACUGCGCAGACUGUUCGCGCCUUGUACGUCAUCAGUCCGGAUCAUCGUCUGCGACUCUCCAUGCAGUAUCCGACUUCCACUGGCCGUAACGUCGACGAGAUAUUGCGUGUGAUCGAUUCGUUGCAACUCGUCGACAGAAGACCGGAAGUGGCGACUCCCGCCAAUUGGGUGCCUGGCGAGAAAGUGAUGAUCCUGCCGACGGUGAAGGAGGAGGAUCUCCCGCAACUCUUCCCGGGCGGCGUCGAUCGUGUAUCCAUGCCAUCCGGAAAAGUCUACGUUCGCACCACCACCGAUUAUUAAGCAAUCGAACGUUGUUCUCUUAACAUUACGCUGAAUAUUUUUACUUGCUUCUGAUCUUCGUGCCGAUACUUUUAAUUUAAUAUCAUAAAAGCAAGUAUAUGAGACUUGAAGGACAUUGUAUUCAUAAAAUUUUCUCUAAUAAAAUCAGCAUGUGACACAA